AUGGCCUCCAAAGUGAAGCAGGAUGGCAAGACGCCGCCCUCUGCGGCCACGAACCUCAUUGCCGGUGGUGGUGCCGGUAUGAUGGAGGCAUUGGUCUGCCAUCCCCUCGACACGAUCAAGGUCCGAAUGCAGCUGUCGCGGAGAGCGCGGCAGCCCGGCGCCCCCAAGCGCGGCUUCAUCCGCACCGGUGUCGAGAUCGUCAAGAAGGAGACCCCGCUCGGCUUGUACAAGGGCCUUGGCGCCGUGUUGACGGGCAUCGUGCCCAAGAUGGCCAUCCGGUUCACGAGUUUCGAGAGCUACAAGCAGAUGCUGGCGGACAAGAAGACGGGGGUUGUCAGCGCACAGGCGACUUUCUUGGCUGGUCUCGCGGCGGGUAUAACUGAGGCCGUCGCCGUCGUGACGCCGAUGGAGGUCAUCAAGAUCCGUCUCCAGGCGCAACACCACAGCAUGGCGGACCCCCUCGACAUCCCAAAGUACCGCAACGCGGCGCACGCGCUCUACACCGUCGUCAAGGAGGAGGGCGCCGGCGCGCUGUACCGCGGCGUGUCUCUCACGGCGCUGCGCCAGGGCAGCAACCAGGCCGUCAACUUCACCGCCUACUCGUACUUCAAGGAGGCCCUCAAGAAGUACCAGCCCGAGUACGCCGGCACGAACCUGCCCAGCUGGCAGACCACCGUCAUCGGCCUCGUCAGCGGUGCCAUGGGCCCCUUGAGCAAUGCGCCCAUUGACACCAUCAAGACGAGACUGCAGAAGACGCCGGCCGAGGUGGGCACGAGCGCGUGGAGUCGCAUUGCCAAGAUCUCCAGCGACAUGUUCAAACAAGAAGGCAUGCACGCCUUUUACAAGGGCAUCACGCCGCGCAUCAUGCGUGUCGCACCCGGACAGGCCGUGACGUUUACCGUUUACGAGUACCUCAAGGAGAGGCUGGAGAAGAGCAACCUGGCCUUCACCGGCGGGAAUUACGAGGAGUAA